GGGGGGGAGGUGUUUACACAGACGGCAAACCGCCUGGGGAGUCGUCGGGGAGAGGAAGUCAGCCGGCUCCGUGUCUGCCUGCUCCAACUUCCUGCUCACGAGAAGAAAAAGCACAGGAUCCUAUUUCAGUCCCGCACAACUGCAGCGCAGCGGAGGGAAGCAUGGAAGGACAAGGAGGCACACGAGCUGCGCCGUAAAGUCCCCCGGAGGGAAGACGAGCCGAGUCGCGCGUCGCAGGUAUGGACAGUGCCAUCACCCUUUGGCAGUUCCUGCUGCAGCUGCUGCUCGACCAAAGUCACAAGCAUCUGAUAUGCUGGACGUCCGCGGACGGAGAGUUCAAGCUCCUCAAGUCGGAGGAAGUGGCCAAGCUUUGGGGGCUACGCAAGAACAAGACCAACAUGAACUACGACAAGCUGAGCAGAGCGCUGCGCUACUACUACGACAAGAACAUCGUCAAGAACGUGAUCGACAGAAGUCGUCUACAAGUUUGUCUCCUUCCCGAGAUCCUGAAGAUGGACCCUCAGGCGGUCGAGAUGGGCCUGGCUUCUGGAAGGUUCCCACUCCAGGAAGGAGAGCAUCAGAGUGGAGUAGAGGAAGAGGAGGAGGAGGAGGAGGAGGACGUGGACGUGGAGGAGGAGGCCCAGAGGAGGGCCCUGGCAACCCUGGGUGCGCAGCAGUGUCGCAACGACUACCUCCGCUCGGGGCUCUACUCCUCCUUCACCGUCAGCUCCUUGCAGAACCAGCCGGAGCUGCUCCGGGCCCUGCGGGAGCGCCGCGAGGAGCCGCGCUCCGUCAUCCGCUUCGGCACCAACGCCAACGAGAGGAGCUCCCCUCCGUCUGCCGCGCUGCAGUCCUACGGCUCCCCCGGCUUGUCCAAGCUCCGCUCCCCACCCUCUCCCCUCGCCCGUCCCUCCCGUCCCGGGCGGAGCUGGAGCCCCGCGGCCAAGGAGGAAGAGGAGGACUCUGACCAGAGCGCUCAGCCCCUCAACCUCUCCUCCGGGUACAGGGAGCGAGCCCUGCCCCCUCCUCAGAAGAGGAGCAGCAGCAGUGGUAGAAGUAGCUCCACCAGCAGCAGUGGUAGUAGCAAUCAAGGAGAUGGACUCCCACCCAAAGGGAAAAAGCCCAAAGCUCUGGAGAUCUCAUCCCCGUCGGUGCUGCUGGCGGGGAGCGACAUCGGCUCCAUCGCCCUCAACAGUCCAACGCUGCCCUCCGGCUCCCUCACUCCCGCCUUCUUCACUGCACAGAGACAUGAUGGAUCUGUCCAGAGCAUGAUGUCAUUGUCCCUAAAGCGGUCUGAGAGCAGCAGGAGACAUCUGACGCAGCCUGGCAUGUGUUGGUGGAAAGACUACUGCCACGUUUCUUUAAAUAGUCACUUAAACCAAAACUUGCUUGCGAUACAGAGAGACAAGACUCCCUCUGGCUUGCUGUUGGCUCACAGUCCGCUGUUGUCAGGGAUCCAUUUCUGGAGCAGUUUGAGCCCCGUAGCGCCGCUUAGCCCCGCCCGUCUGCAGGGCCACGGCUCCCUCUUUCAGUUCCCCAGCCUAAUCAACGGACACAUGCCUCUCCCCCUGCCAAACCUGGAAGGAACACCCUCCUCCCUGCUCCUGUCCCCUGCCACUCACAAGUCCUGAUCCCCCCCCCCGCCCUCCUUCACUGCCCCAUCUUCAUCCACCUCUUGUUGUGACACCAGCAGCAGCGACCUCUGGUCCGUCGGGUUCGUUAAAGUGACACCAGGCGGUAUGUGACCUCACUUUUUUGCACUUGAGUUGCUUCGGAUUCCAGUGGUUGACUCCAGCUGGUCAAAGCCACGAGAGACGUCUGGCUCUCUGUGAUGAAGUACAGCACAUGGACACUAGUGGCGUGUACCCAGCUGCAAAAAGGGGCUGGCUUGUUUUUAUCUUGUUGGGGAAAAAAAAAAAAAAGUAUUCCCCCCCGAGUUCAUCACGUUGUGAAACUGGUUGUUUGACAUGUGGAGUGUUGGAUGCACUAUGCUUCUCAGUACCGGCUGUGCCUUGUUGUCCUAUAUUUCUUUUAAUGAAGACGAGAUUUCAAAUGAAUGAAAACAUUUAACACUUGUACUGUUCUUCCUUUUUUUUUUUUUUAUACUGGACUUGGUAUACAGUUUGUAUUCUGUAUCAUUUUUUAUUGUGAAGAAUGUUUCAAUAAACAAAGCAUUGAAUGCUUGCCUUUAAA